AUGGCAUUCAGAGGCGAGCGUUUCGUCGUCGACUUGGACGAUGACACAAUCACGAUUCCAAGUGACCCCGUCCCUUCCCCCUUCUCUCUGAUCGGUGAGAUUCGGGAACGAGAGCCUACUGCCGCCACACCGCCAGCUCCAGCACCGCCCUCAUCUGCGUCUUCGACCGGGUUCCCCGCGCACCGCCGCCGCAAUAAGACUCCCUCCUUUAAAGAGCGAAGAGCCGAGCAGAAAGCAACAGCCAGCGCUACUCCUGCUUCGUUGAAUACUCCACCGACGAUUCAGGAUGACAAGCGUGCGAUCGGAGAGGAGAACAAGCGCCAUUUGGCGUCCAUGUCGGAAGCACAGAUUCAGCGGGAACGGGAAGAGCUGAUGAAAUCGAUGGACCCGGGUCUGCUGGAACGAUUCUUGCGGCGAGCUCGAAUUGAUGAUGAUGAAAAGCCUAGCUCUGAGACAGCUGAGGCUACAUCUACGUCCACACCUGCACCUGCACCUGCACCAGCAACCGCGCCGACAGCAUCAAACCCCAAGAAAUCCGUCUCCUUCGACAUCCCACUCCCACCGGCACCCUCAGCCCCGGAACGAAAGGCAUCUUCUCCAAAAAUCUCCACAACCCUAAAAUCACCGGCCAACGAUGACCGUCCACCCACUCACCUCCCCAAAGACCUCCGACCCGCCUCCGAAAAACCCCCCAUCAUGGACCCCUCCGUCAUCGAAAACUUCCACUUCCCCCGUCCAACCCAACCAAUGCCAGUCCUAGACCCAUCCUCUCCCGAUUUCCUCACAGACCUCCAAUCCCACUACUUCCCUGAAAUGACCACCGACCCCGCAGCCCUGUCCUGGCUACGCCCACCAUCCAGCGACCCCGAAGACCCCGACUCGAUCUCCCCGUAUCAUCCCGCCAGCAGUGCGAGCUCAAUGUCACCUUCUGAGAUUCGCUUCUCUCUACGUGGGACAAUCCUCGGGCCAUCGACCUCGUUGGCUCUGCCUACCACGCUGGGAUUGCACCACCACGGCAAUGAUCCGCAGGCAGCCGGGUAUACGAUCCCAGAGCUAGCGAUCUUAUCGCGAUCAACGUUCGCGGCACAGCGGUGCAUUGCGUGGCAAGUACUUGGCCGGAUUUUAUUCCGGCUAGGCAAGGGAGAGUUUGGGGAACGCGGAGGUCAGUUAUCCGAGGGCUUGUGGUUUGUGAUUGAGAAGGAGGGAGUGGUGGGGGGAAUGUUGGCUGAAGCAGAGGGUGUUUCUGGACAAGAUCGGAUCCGUGGCAAGGGAGAGAGUGGGAAGGAGGGAGAUGAGAAAGAUGAUACCGAAGAAGAGAAGAAGGCAGGUGAACAGGAUCAGGAUCGUCCUGCAUUGCCUGUUGCAUCUGGCAUUGGGCGACAUGCCAGUGCAGCAGCGUGGGCGAUGGAAAGCGUUUGGUUAUGGCAAAAGGGUGGUGGUGGAGAUCGGGGACUCUUGAAACCUGGUCAGACUCGACCCCGGUAG